GAGUAAUAUAUAUUAUUUGGUAAUUUUUUAUUGUAAUUUUUAAGUAGUAAAAAUGUCAAUAAAAACUGAAAAAAUUGAAUGCACUGAUGAUAACGAUGAUUGGGAUGAUUGGGGUGACGCAGAAGACAACUUUCCUGUUGAAAAGGAUUCUCAAAGUGAAAAAGCAGCAAAUUUUAAUAAUAAUAUAGGAAAUAUAUCGGAACAAACAAAAACUCAACUAAAUCAGCAGUUAACAAAUGACGAUAUAAAUUAUAACAAAAAUGAAAAAGAAUUCAUAAACAAAACAGAAACAAAAACAAACUCUUGGAACGUAUGGAAAGUUUUGUCAACAGCGACGGAAGGUAUAGGUAAUAUAACAACGUCCGUUACACAAGGACUAAAUCAAGUGAUAGGAGUACCUGAUCCAGAAGAAUUAGCACGAAUUAAUGCAUGUGAAGGGAAUAAAGUCAACAAUACAUAUCAUGAUGACAAUCCCAGUAAAGAAAUUAAAACUACAGAAUCUCUGCAAGAGAAUCGUCAGCCUAAUCAAGGAAUGCCAAUUUUCGGUUUAAGUUUAGUAAAUGGUGUGACAACAUUGGGAUCAAAAGUAAUCAACACUGGUUUAGACACAUUAGAAGGUAUUGGAAAGAAAACAAUGAAUAUGUUGCAAGAAAAUGAUCCGUUGCUCAUGAACAAACGCAAGAUGUUAGGAUUGGAGCCGGAUAGACCGAACCUUAGUGAAGUGUUGAAGGAAGCUAAAAAAGAUGCAGAUCAACUUGAAAAUCAAUUGAAAGAAUUAAACAUUGAAAAAUCGAAAGACCUGCUACGUUUUGAUGUGAUUUUCGAAAAUAAGUGUGGCCUAGUGCACUUUGAAGCUUUGGAAAUUUUAUCAAAAGAGUCUAAUAUUAAAAUACUUAAUCUUUUAUCAUCAGUUAGCGGCAAUGCUCUAACAGAACUGAAAGAAACAAUAGAUGAAGUAAAAGAACUUUUAGACCUGGAAGAUUUGGAAGGUGAAAGUGAUGGAAAGUACAGUAUGGAUGAGCUUAAUGUGAAGUUAUCAUCAGCUAUCGAAGAUGCUGAUUUAAAUAUAAAAUUUAAUGAUAUUAGCAGUCUUUGGGCUAAAACAAUUGAUUGGCUGGAAAAUGUUACUGAAUUUGAUGAAAAUGAAAUAUUUAGUUUUGGGUUGAAUGCGCUUUCCGAAACAUGUGCCUUAGAGAUGACUAAGCUACAUAAAAUUGGUGAAUGUUUGUUAAUAAAAGAACACCAUAGCACCGCUAGCGAAGUUGAUGCAAUUGUACAAAUAUGCAAGCAGUUUAACGUACAUUUAAAUGGUCUCACAAAUCGUUAUGCAGCAGCGCUGACUGCUAAGGAAAAUAUCAAUGUUACCAAACCACUCAUUACGACUCUAUUUGCGGAGAUGAUAACAGCGACUACACAUAUCGAAAAUGCGUUUAAACUAUUUCUACCAAUAUUACAAAUCGGUGCUGCUUAAAUGUAGUCUUUCUACACUUCUAUAUUAUUAUAUGCUUUAUAACUAAUUAACAAAUAUUGUAAAAUGUUAUACAUGUGAAAAAAUAAA